AUGAAUUCGAGCGGGAGCGGGAGCGAGAACGGGACAUUUUUUGAGGAUGCGAAGUUUGGCCAGUUUUACAACGGGACCGCGUUUAAUGGGACUGGGUUCAAUGGGACAGGGAACGGCACUGCGUCCGGUGCUGCCGAGGAGACGGUAAAGCUCGUCGCGACCUCGGUGUACACGCCGUUUGUGUACGGUGCCGUGUUGCUUGUGUCCCUCGUGUUCUUUGCACGGUGGUAUCGUGGUGAGCAGAUCAAGCAGCUUCAAGAACUUGGGUCGAUCUUUGACGAGCACGACGCACGGGACCUGUACUACGAGUUGCAAGCGACGGAGAAAGUGCAUGAAAAAGUGUUGAAGGCUGCUUUGUUGAACCGCGGUGCGGAGUCCGUCAGGCGGUCGUUCAAGAUGAAGGAGUUGGCGCCACAGGUGGAGUCGCUGUACAAGAGCGGGUCCGUCGGUGAGGAAUACUGGAAACGGUUCCAGACGGAGUUGAAGCUAAUCGAGCUCGAGUUCAAGGAGUGUCUGAUGGAGGCGGAGCAAUUGCAGCCCGGGUGGGCGCAGCUGUAUGUCGCGCUGUGCCAGGAAAUCUGUUUCAACCAGGCGAUGCAGAGACGGUACCACUCAAUACUGGACCGCAAGAACGUCUGCAUCGAGGAAUGGGAGUUGAACAUCGACGACACCGGGCGUUUGAAGCAGUAG